GUAGAGGAGGUAGACUCUUAACAACUUAAUUCAUAUACCCAUUAAACAUUGUGUUAAGAUAAAAUGAAAACUGAUUAGCGCCUUGGAAUCUUCGCUGCAUUGGCCUAUUGUCUGUCUCAAGGUGUGGAAACGUGCGGUUGUCUGUCUGUCCGUUUGGUUGGGUUUCCAUACAGCUCACAAUACGGUGAAACCAGACCAAAAGAAAACGUGUAUCUGAAUCAAGCUUUAUAAAUCAUUCUCAGACUUUGUAAAAAAUGGCGAACAAGGAUUCCGACAAUUCGGACAGUGCCAGUAGCGUGGAUCUUCCCGCCAUUAGUGGACUGAACAAGAACAGCGCCCACCCCGAGGAAUGGACCCUCCCCCACGAGUGGAGCAUGGAGAAAAGAGAGUUAUUUGAGAACUGGAAAAUGGAUGUCCAGAAUCAAAUAGCAAAUCUGGCUUCUUCCCUGGAAAAAUCUCUGGCAGAAUACCCAAACCCUGAUGCUGGGGAUUAUUUUAAUUACGAGGAUGAGAAGCUGAAAGCCGAGUUUGAGAAACAACAGAGACUUUACGCCAGAUUUGCGGGUGAUACUCUAAACUACGGACUCAGUAGAAACCCGGAAAAAGCAUACCCGGAUAAAUACUGACACGUGAUUAAGUGAGUGUGAGAGAGACCCCGCGAUCUGAACCCCCGGUCCUUGCCACUAUUAUAGGAUCCCUGAGAACAUUUGGAUUGUUAUACGCAUCGUAAAUCUGUUGUGUCCAUUGUAAUUAGGCUAUUAAACACAUUCUUAUCCUUA